GCUUCUCCGGUCUCCAAGAUAUUUCCGCCGCCGAUGAGGCUAUCGCGAUUGGCUCAGUGAAGCUGCAGCCACCGGAGAAGCCAUGGCGCCGCCGACGGCGAGGUCUCUGCUCGCCUCCCACGCCGCCGUCCGAGCCGCGGCCUCCGCUCGCAGGGGCCGCCUCGCCGGCGACCACCACCCGCCGCAGGUCGCGGCCCUCCGGCGCGGGGACUGGGUCAAGCUCAUCUGCGGCGCCAGCUUCGAGGAUGCUGCCGAUGUCAGGAAUCUCUCCCUUGUAUACACGCUUGCCGGAGUGGAUUGCAUUGAUUGUGCAGCAGACGCAUCUGUGGUGGGUGCAGUGAAUGAAGGUAUUGAUGUAGCAGCCUCAAUUGUGCCAGCAGUUCAAAGGCCAUGGGUGAUGGUUAGUGUUAAUGACGAUUGCAGAGAUCUUCAUUUCCGUAAAGCUGAAUUUGAUCCUGAGGAUUGCCCACCAGAUUGCUCAAAGCCAUGUGAGAAAGUCUGUCCUGCUGAUGCAAUAUUGUUAGAGAGGGUUAUGAUUGAGGAAGAGCACUCUCAGUCUGAUCCUUCAUGUGGAAAACUUGAGGGUGGUGUAAUUACGGAGCGGUGCUACGGCUGUGGACGAUGCUUGUCGGUUUGCCCUUAUGACAGAAUAAGAGCUAUGUCGUAUGUUCGAGAUCCUGCUAUGACUGCUGAACUGUUGAAAAGGAAUGAUGUUGAUGCAAUAGAGAUACAUACCACUGGAAAGGGAACUGAUAUGUUCAAUACCCUCUGGAGCAACUUGGGUGAGUCAAUCAAUAAUGUGAAGCUGAUUGCAGUCAGCCUGCCUGAUGUUGGCGAUUCAACAGUUAAUUUAAUGAAUGCAAUAUACACAACAAUGCAGUCCCAUCUUCAAGGCUAUAAUCUUUGGCAGUUAGAUGGCCGGCCGAUGAGUGGCGACAUAGGCCGAGGUGCAACGAGGGAAACAGUAUCCUUUGCUGUUCAUUUGUCUUCAAUGUCAAAUAGGCCUCCUGGCUUCUAUCAGUUGGCUGGUGGCACCAACUCAUACACCAUAGAAUCCCUAAAGAAAGCUGGUCUUUUCCAAUCUACAACUUUUCCUGGGGCAGCAACCUCUGGAGUGACUGAUUGUCAGCAAGCCUUUAUUGGAGGGAUAGCUUAUGGCGGCUAUGCUCGCAAGAUUGUUGGAAGAGUUCUACGCAAAAUACCGGCACAAUUUGGCCAUGCACGCAUUGAGGACCACCCAGAUUAUCUCCUGGAAGCAUUACAAGAAGCUCUAUCACUAGUCGGGCCUGUGAAAGGUUACCCAACCUUGCCAAGUCUCUGAAACUAGUAAAUGGCAUCUCCAAGUUCUCAUCCAGAUAUAGGAUAACUUUGAUCCAGUUAGUUAGUAUGGAAGUUGCAUUGUGAAGGUAAGCCAAGGUGAGAAGGUAUUCUGCCAACUGAUUGCCCAAUGAACAGUUUGGGAGUUGGGACCAACCAUUUCUGGCUAAGUGGCAAAAAUCAGUAAUCCAACAGUCAGCAGAUCAAUCACUAACUUACUCUUAAGCUUGGUAAGUAGGAGAUAUUCCAUCUGAGAUUGGAUGUCACAACAUGCUUUCCAUAAAGUCCAUGUAAAACUCCAUAAGAAAGGUGUAAAAAUCCAUUUGUUGUUUGCAUGUACACCUUGAAUAUUCUAUAUAGUUCAGUGGACAACGAAGGUUUUGACGUGGACAUGUACUAUAGAAUAAAAUAAUUCAACUUUGUUGCAUUUUAAA